CGUCACACACAAAAAGUUAUGUCCCUUGCCAACAAAACCAAAGAACCAUUGAAAGGUGCCACUUUUGGUAAUCCAAUCAAACAUAGUGUUGGACCAUUGGUACAUAAUCAUGUAGCCAAAAUACUCAACAUUCCUUGGUCAUUCGAUCAUGGUGAAUAUGCAAGCGUAGAAGAAGUUCAUGAGCAACUUCGAGAUGGGGCUUUUGGGAUGGGAGCAAUCACUAUGCCAUUCAAAUCUACAAUAAUGCCUUUUUUGAAUGGCAUUGAUGAGGAAGCAAAUGCAAUCGGAGCUGUAAACACAAUCAGUCAUCUCAAUAAAGACGGAAAAGAUUGGCUUCAAGGUCAUAACACAGACGCAGCAGGAAUUGCGCAAGUGUUCAAUGAAUGCACAUCCCUAUCAGAAAUACCACAGCGAAUCGGACUGGUGAUCGGAUCGGGUGGUGCAGCAAGAGCUGCUGUUUGGGCUCUUUUAAUGACACUGAAGUGUACUUCCGUCAUGAUCGUUGCACGCUAUGCCAAUGCUGUGGAAGAUAUGAUCAAUUCAUUCAAGGAAAUAGGUAGCAAAUAUGGGAUACCGAUUCCAGAAUGUGUCUUUCAUGUUAAAUCGGUCCAGCAUGCAAAAAGAUUGCUUGCUCAAGGUGUAACGCCAUCUUUAGCAGUAAGCUGUAUCCCUGAUCCUCUUUUCGAAGCAGCUAACAAAGAUGUCAAAACACAAUCAGAGGGAAAGGAACAAGAGCGUCAAACUUUUGCUAUAUUGGAUCAAUUAUUGGUCGGAAGACUUCACCGCAGACAGAGGCAAAGUACACCUUGCAUCUUUCUUGACAUGUGUUUCAAACCAAUGUAUACGUCCUUAAUGCGUCUAGCUGAAACAGACGGUUGGACAGUGAUUGGAGGAAUUGAAGUUCUUGGCGCUCAGCUGAUCGAACAAUGGAGAAUUUGGCUUGGUGAAGGUAAUUUGUUUGACUCCAUUCCUCAAGAUCAAGUACGAGCAAAAAUGCGCGAACUGGCUAUCAACAGCACAUCCUUGCAAGUUUCUACCUCACAGAGUCGCCCCAAAUCUCUACACGAACGACUAAAGAGUAUGCCACAAGGCAUCAUGAGUGCUUCAUUGGGCAGUGGACAAGUACACGAUAUCGAGUCAAAGAUUCGAGCGACAAAAGAAGAAGGAUUUGAAGGUAUUGAAAUCUUUUAUGAAUGUUUACGUUUGGUGUCUGUGGAAAUAGCGGGCAAAAGUAGCUCAGAGCAACCAACAGAUGACGAGUUGAGAGCAGGUGCAAAGAAGGUUCGACAAUUGUGCGAUAAAUACGGAGUUUUUGUCAUCGCAUUGCAACCUUGGCUGAACUAUGUCGGCUUAAAAGACCGAAAGGAACGUGACCGAAGAUUGGAACAGGUGUUACCACUUUGGUUUGAAUUAGCCGAUUUGCUUGGUACGAAUACCAUGCAAAUUCCUUCACAGAUGUACAAGAAUAUAUCGACGAAUGACCCUGAAGUUGUCAUUGAUGAUUUACGCAAGCUGGCAGAGGCAGGAUUGUAUGGAAGAGAGAAGCAAGGUAAAAAUCCUAUUCGUUUUGCUUAUGAAGCAAUGGCUUUUGGUGCAUUCACAAGUCGUUGGCAGGAUGCAUGGGAAGAAGUUGUAGCUGUGGAUAUGCCUAAUUUCGGCAUUGUUCUUGACACAUUUCAAAUUCUGGGCGAAUGUUGGGCAGAUCCUGCAAGUCCCAGUGGUGUGCUGUACGAUGCAGAAAUCCGAUUGCAAGAAAGCCUGCACGAUCUCCGCACAACAUUCGCAGGCCAUCUGGAAGAACAAACAAAGAAUCGUCGAAAGGUCUUUUACGUUCAAGUUGGUGAUGCUGAACGAUUCCCAGAGCCAUUGAAUAUGGAAAAUAGUCUUUUUGAUCUUUCCAUGCAUGCAAAUAUAAAGAUGGCAUGGAAUCGAUCAUGUCGUACAUUUGCAUGUGAAGGCUAUUUGCCUUUGCUACCUUUACUCAAAGUACUCUUUCAAGAUAUCAGGUUCGAGGGCAUGGUGAGCGCAGAGUUGAUGAAUGUGAACACAAGUAGCAAGGAAGAAACCUUCCCAUUACGUUCGGCUCAAAGGGCGAGAGUAGCUUGGCAGAAAUGUGUAGAUCUCUUGAUUCAAGAGUCUAAAACACCAAGCGUGGUCUAAUUUGUAAAGAAGUGUGGUCAACAACUUCAUGCUGUAAUAUGAUGCUAAUGAAAAUGUACUAUGUGAU